GCGGAGCCCCGCGGGCGGCGGGCCCGGCUGGAGAGCGGGGGCAUGGCGGCGCGGAGCCAGGCCUCCCUGCGGCGCCGGCUGCAGAGCUCGCAGGAGGCGCAGCACCGGCAAGCGGUGCUGGUGCGGAAGCUGCAGGCGAAGGUCCUGCAGUACCGGACUUGGUGUCGAGAGUUGGAGCAGCAGCUGGAAGCAGGAGGGGGAUCCCUUCCAGGCAGGCGGGAAGCCACAGAAGACCACAGCCUGAAGAAAGCACUGCUUCAGUUGGAAGAGGAGCAGCAAAGGUGCGAGAAUCUGGCAGAAGUGAACACUCUCCUGCGGGAGCAGCUCGGUAAAGCGAAUGAGGUUAAUUCAGCCCUCAAAGAAGAUGUUGGAAAACUGACGGCAGAUUGGAUGAGGGCCCGGGAGGAGCUGGACUUGACGGAGAGUGAAUGGCGCGGUGAACGUGAGCUUUAUGACAGCUGCUUAAGGGGUGAACACAGCCGUCUGCUCAGCCUGUGGCGUCAGGUGGUAACCUUCCGCCGUCAUUUCCUGGAAAUGAAGACCGCCACUGACCGAGAUUUGUCAGAGCUGAAGGCAGAGCAACUGAGGCUUUCUGGAUCUAUACUUGUAAGCUGCUCCCGCCUGAACUCUGGCGUACGGCUCCGGGAGUCCGUCAGUCUGGGUAGACCUGUCCUGAAGGAUGAGGCACAGCAGGAAGCGGAAGAGGAAAUCAGCCAGAAGACUUGGGAAGCGAUGCACUUACAAGUCAAGGGGGACCUGGAGAAGAAGGAGCUUCAGGAGAGGCUGAAGGACUUAGCUGCACUUGAAGGAAAAUAUGCGUUAUUACAGAGUGAGUUGGUAGACGCAAGAGAGAGACUGGAGGAAUCGCACCUUCAGAGGGAUCUGCUGAAGCAAGAGAAACAUCAGCUUACCAUGGCACUGGAAAAGGCAGAGCAGGCAGUAGCAGAGUUGACAGCUCAGAAUAAGCUGAGUGCUGAAGCAGCUGAUCUACGUGUUGCAACAGCGAAGAUGAGCAGUAUGAAUGAAGCCCUUGCGCUGGAUAAAGUGCAACUGAGCAAACUUGUGCUGCAGCUGGAGCAAGAGAAUGAAGCUCUGUCAGGCAAAGUGGGCGAGGUGGAGAGAGCAAAGAUCUCUGAGCAGGAGAAGCUGACCUUGUGUGAACGAACAAAUGAAGAGCUCAGCGCAGAGAAAGCCCACCUGGAGCAGCUGCUGAAGAAGGCAGAGGAGCACCAGGAGGGGCUGCAGGUAGAGCUGAGGAGACUGGCAGAGGAGAAGGCAGAAACCCAAGAGCAGCUCAGUCAGGUUUACCGCCAGCAAGAGUCGGCUAGCAGUGGUCUGGAGCAGCUGCGCCAGGAGUCCUCUCGCCAAGGGCAUGCGCUGGCCAAGGUGUGCAAGGAGAAGGAAUUGCUGGUGCACGAGAAGGCUGCCCUAGAGGUGCGACUGGCAGCCGUGGAGCGGGACAGACAAGGCCUUUCAGAGCAGCUGGCAGAGGCCAGGUCGGCGAAGGAGACCCUGGAAUCCAGCCUGUUGGAGGCUCAGCAGCGCUUAUCUCAGCUGGAGAUCGCCAGGAGUCAGCUUGAAGUCCAACUUCACACCGUCACGCAGGCCAAGGAGGUGAUCCAAGGGGAAGUGAAGUGCCUUCAAUGUGAGCUGGAAGCGGAGAGGACUCUGAUGAGGCAGGAACGGGAAAACAUGGCAGAACGGCUCUUGCAGACCGAACAGCACUAUGACAACACCCUCAGACUCCGGCAAGCUGAGCAUGAAGUGGAAAUAAACAAGCUCCUGCAAGACCUGGCAAGCGAGCGGGAAGGGCACCAUUCAGAGGUCCAGGAGAUGCUGGAGCAAUGGGAAAAGGAGAAGGCAGAGACAGAAAGGGAGCACGAGAAGAAGCUGUUUGAUGUGAAGCAGGAAGUUGCUACCGUGCAGGCUCAACAAGAAGAGGAACGAACCAGAGUCGAAAAUGCCAAGCAAGAGGUCCUGCUAGAAAAGGAGCGUGAGAAGGAUGCUUUAUUAGAGACGCUGCUCCAAACUCAGGGAGAGCUGAGAGAAGCCUGCCAGCAGCUCCAGCAGCUGAGGCAGGAGGUGGAAGAGCAGCGAGAGAACGGGCAGAACAUCACGGCAGAGCUGCAAGCAGAGCUGCAGGAAACUCAGAGCAAGACCGAGGCAGUGGAGAAGAGGCACAAGGGAGAAAUCCAAACCGUCAAAGAGGAAAUGAAUAUCCUCCUUCAGCAGCGGGAUGCUCUACAAAACCAGGUGGAAGAGUUGACAUCUCAGCUAGCAGCCUCUGAAGAGCCUCUAAAGAAGGAGGCUGUGACUCUACAUCAAGAGGUGGCGUCUUUGGAAAGGAAACUCGAGAGCACUGAGAAGCAAAGAAAGGAUGUCCUGCAGGAACGGGACAGACUGCAAGCACUUAAAGAAGAACUGGUAUGGGAGAUAAAACUUCUUCAGGAGUCGGUCACAGCCUCUGAGACCCGAGCGACUACAGCAACAGAUAGGCAUCACUCCCUUGAACAAGAACUCCAAACCACAGUGUCUCUCCUAAAAAUUAAAAAUGAGGAACUGGAAAUGCAGCGGGAGAAAAUCCAGGUGCUCCAGAAAGAGGCAGCACAGGGAAAAGCUUUGCAGGAGAAUCUCACUCAUGUGACUGCCAUCCUGUCAGAGAGGGAGGGAGAAAUGAAGGUGUACCAGGAACAGAUGAGACUGCUGGAAGAGCAGAAAGAAAUGCACAAAACUGCUCUGGAUCAGGUUAUUAAGGACGUAAGAGAGAAAAACCAGAAGAUUGAAUCCCAGCAAGAACAGAUACAGGAGCUGGAGAAGCAGCAAGAAGAACAAAGGAUUGCUGUCAGCAAAAUGAGCAAAGACCUGGAAGAGAGAGACCAGGAGAUCAGAUCCCAGCAAGAAGAGAUACGGGAGCUGGAGAAGCAGCGAGAAAUGCAGAGCACUGUGGUGAGCAAGAUGAGCAAGGAGCUGGAGGAGAAGGACCAGGGGAUCAGAUCCCAGCAAGAACUGAUAGCGGAGCUGGAGAAGCAGCGAGAAAUGCAGAGGACUGCUGUCAGCAAGAUGAGCAAGGAGCUGGAGAAGAGAGAUCAGGAGAUCAAAUUCCAGGAGGGGAAAAUAAUGAUUCUAGAACAACACGGUGCAUCCCAAGUGAGAAAUCUGCAGGUGGAUCUUGAUCAUAUGAAAGGAAACUUGAAGGAGAAAAACUUGGAGCUUAUGUCUCUGACUCAGCAGAUCCAAGACCUGGAAAUGGAGAGGGAACAGGUGAAAUCUCUGCACGCAAGCCUUGAACACCUGAGGGCAGCUCUUAAGGACAGAGAGAGUGAGUGUGAGUCUCAAAGGGAUCAGUUAAGCCUCUUGCAGCAGUACAAGGAAGAGCAAGAGGGCUACCUGCAAGAGCUUCAUGGUAAAGUAGAAAAGAUGACACUUGCUUUAUCUAAAAAAGAUCAAGAGCUUGAGUCCCAACAAAAGCAAAUCCAGGAAGCUGAAGAAGGCAUGGCAAUGCAGUUAAGGACUGUCCGGCACCAACUGGAGCAGACCUUCGAAGCCUUGAAAGAAAAGGACAGGCUCCUGGACGUCCAAAAGCAACAAACACGGAGCUAUGAGGAAAAAACAGAAGAACGGAUGAGCGUCUUACACAGAGACUUAGAAUACACUACGGCAAUACUGAAAGAAAAGGAUUUCAUGAUUGAAUCUCAGAAGGAACUGAUUGAGACCUUCCAAAAACAAGAACAAGACUCUCAACAGCAGAAGGAAAUCCUGCAACGUCUUGAAGGGGCACUAAAGGAAAAAGAGCAAGAAAUCGUAUCCCUUAGAAAGCAAUGUGAGGCAUGCAAGGAACAGGAGGAAAAGCACGAAGCUGAGCAAACAAAUCUUCAAGCAACAAAACUGACUCUGAAAGAAAGAGAAAAAACGAUCGGGGUUCUGGAGGAGGCUAUCUCUAAGCUUCAACAGCAAAAGGAGGAGGCAGCGAUGCAGACUAAAGCCAUACUGCAGAAACUAGAACACGCUGCAUCUUCUCUAGAAGCUAGAGAUCAAGAGAUCGUGUCUUUGCAAGAGCAUGUCCAGGACCUUCGAGAGCAGAAGGAGUUAGAAGGCAAGCAGGCCAAGAGUCUAGAGCAGGAUCUGGACAAAAUGAGCCAAGUCCUGAAGGAGAACCAUUUGGAGUUCCUCAGGCAGACAGAGCAAAUGAACAUGUUCCGGCUUCGUGAAGAAAGCAUGAAAGUAGCACUAACCUCAUGCCAGAAGCAAGUGAAUCUGCUUGAGGACGUGGUGAGGAAGAGAGAGGAAGACAAUGAAACUCUUAUGCAGCAACUCCAGCGCCAAGAAGAAGAACUGAAGACCUUGCAGAAUCUCCAGCUCAGGCUAACCAAGAAGAAUGAAGAGGUUAGACAUCACAGAGAGCAAGAGAAGCUCCUAGAAGCAGCCUUGCACGAGAGGGAACAAGAGACCAAGGCUCAAGGUGAGCAAGAAGAGUUAGACGAGGAAAGAAGAGCUCUUCGGGAAGAUCUCCGGCACGUUCAGCAGACGCUGACAAAGAAGGAUGAAGAGAUCAAGUACCAGAGAGACAGAGUUGGGUAUUUAGAGAAGACUCUGGCAGGGAGAGAACAAGAGCUUAGGAGGCAGAGUGAACUCCUGAAACAAAUAACGUCAGCUUUGCGAUGGAAGGAUGGAGGGGAGACCCUACAGAAACAAAUCCAGAAACUCCGAAAAUGGGAGGAAGAGGAAGCAGAGAAGAGGAGAGUUCUCCAGGAGAGAGACCGUCUCUUGCAAAGGCAGAAGGAGCUAACCCAACAACUGGAAGAUGAGCGGAAGGCAAAGGGGGAAGAAUUGGAGCGUGCGAUUGCUAUUUUGAAGCAGACUGAAAGCGGGGAAAUGGAAUGGAAAGAGAAGGCACAAGCACUGACUCUCGCCCUUACCAAGAGUGAAAUGGCCAACGGCACGUUGAGGGAAGAAGUAGCCGUCCUGCAGAGUAUGGUUUCAGAGAGGGACACGGACCGGUUUCAUCAUCAGGUAGGGCACUCAGGCUACUGCAGAAGGGAGCAGCUCUCGUGGCUCUCGGAGAAGAGACUCCUGUCGCAGCGGCUGGAACAUCUGCAGCGAGCAGUUGCAAGGCUGGAAGUUGAGAAGACUGAGCUGAAGCAACUCAAUGCUGAGCUCAGGAGGACUCUUGAGCAGGUGGAACAUGAACGGAGGAGACUGAAGAGAUACUGUAGUGGUCGGUCGCUGCCAGAUGCGUGCGGAUUUUCUCUCUCCGACCAGCACAAGGUGCCUGCUUCUCGACAGGAGUCGUCUCACACGCGCUGCAGUCGUCGAUUAGCUGAGUUGCAGAACCAGGUGUCCCUUCUGCAGACGCAGCUGGCGCAAGAACGCAAAUGCAAGCAGGACUACAUUGAGUGCUGUGCAAAGACCAGCCAGGAGCUGUCAGACCUUCACCGAGAGCUGUCUUGCUCCUUAGCAGCUGUGGUCAGGGAGCCCGAAGCUGCUGUUCUGGAGGCAGAGACUCGGAAGCUGGCUCAGCCUCUCUGAGCCUUCUUUUCCUGUAGAGGAGCAGCUGCAGCAUCACGGGGUUCCUGUCUCGUGCCCUUCCCAGGAAUGCAUUACGUUUUGCUGUGGGAAACAGGCUGCGUUUGUUCUCUUUGCCUUUGCAAGCAUCUCCUAGUGACGGUGGUUUUUAAAGUUUUUUUGAAUAAAAGGAAUUGUGCAGGACC